AUGCCGUGGCCAAGUGCUUUCGUGAUCGCCGCCGUUGCCGUGGGCCAAGUGGGCCAUGCGAUGCGGAACGUGGACCAUGAAGCCAAGCAGCAGGCCCUGCGGAGCAGUUUGACUUGUGACGUCAGAUCAGGAGACGUGGCGAAGGUCAAACAGGAGUUGCAGGAUGACCCGUUCUGCGUGCACCGCGUGACCUCAGAUGGCAUAACGGCCUUGGGUACAGCUAUCUACAAGAACUACCUUGAAAUUGUGAAGCUUUUGUUGAAACAUGGAGCUCAAGUGAAUGAUGAAGAUGGUGGCGGCUUUCCGCUCAUUGAGGCGGCCGGCAACGGCAAUGUCAAAAUCAUCAGGGAGUUGGUGAGAUAUGGGGCCAAAGUGGACCCGCCGGGUAAAAGUGGCGCUCCCUUGUUCAGCGCCGUCAAAAAUAACAAUUUUUGGACAGUGAAGGCACUGAUCGAAUACAAAGCCAAUGUGAAUGCCGUGGAUGAUAUGCAGGAGACGCCUCUCCAUAAAGCAUGUGUCAAGAGUGGCGACUACGAGAUCGUGAAGUUGCUGGUGGAUGCCAAAGCCAAUCUCAACGCCAAGAACAGCAAGGGCUUGACUCCGCUAUCCGUCGCGGUGCUGAAAGGGAGAUAUUAUAUCGACACACGUAUGAUUACCCCCUUAUUGGACGCCGGGGCAGAGGUCAAUGCGGUGAACAACCACCAGCAGACAGCCCUACACCUGGCCGUCUGGGACCCUGAUGCCUUACAGCUGCUGUUGCAACACAAGGCUGACGUCAAUGCGGCGGACGAGAACGGGACCACGCCCUUGAUGGCCGCAUUGGAGGAGGACGAACCUGAACCCCUGGCGGUGAAAUAUUUGCUGGAUGCCAAGGCGGACGUCAAUGUGAAACUGAAUCACUCCACCCCGCUACACCUAGCGGUCAAGAAGAACUUAACGGAGGAGACGGAACUGUUGUUGGCCGCCAAGGCAGAUGUGAAUGUUAAAGAUGCGGAAGGUAAAACGCCCUUUGACUAUGCCGAAGGCGAGGUAAAGAAGUUGUUGAAGAAAUAUGGUGGUGCAGGGGGCGAAUCCUGGCGUGUCUGGACAGCCGAGUUGAAAACUAAGUUGAAGAAGAACUUGAAGAAGAACAUGAAGAAGGUCGAGACUCUCACGCUGCUUCGCAGCUGCAAGAUGUGGGCUCUGCAGGCCCUGGUGCAGAAUUGGCGCGUCCAGCUGGAAAGAAAACCACUUCGUAGUUGCAAUGCCGCAAUGCCCAUGACCGAUGCGGAAGUCAUUAGCCGAUUGCAAUCAUCCACCAAGAUGCAAAACAAGGCUGACUUCGUGAAGUCUGCGUUGCAGCAGACUGGGAUGGCCGGGACGGCCCUUGAAUUCGUGAAUCCCAAGUUCCAGAAGGAUCCCCAGAUGGCCAAGUUGGCCGUGGAGAACAAUGCAAUGACCCUGCAGUUCGUGUCUGUCCAGUGCAAGGGACUGGACCAGAUUGCGUUGACAGCUGUAAAAAAAAAUGGUUUGGCCCUGCAGUUUGUCCCUCCCGAGAUCUGCAAGGAGCACAUCCUGUUGGCAGCUGUGAAACAGAAUGGACAGGCCUUUGAACUUGUGCCCAAUUACCUCAGAACCCAACCCGUUGCGCUGCCAGAGUUGGUGGAAAGUUUACCAGCAGGCUUGGGAGAUGAUGAUGAGAUCGGUGCUGCUGCAGUGCAAGCCUAUGCACGACAAACUCGUGCCAUUUUGGGCUAUGCGGAUGUUCGCGGCUUCCUGAAGAAUGUGGAGGUUUCUGAGCCUGGCCCUGGUAAGUUCACCAUCCUUGAAGAGGUUCCCUCCAUCUUUGAAGACGACCGGGGGCCUCGCUUCAUGGAGUCCGUGGACAACCGUGGGGCGGUGAUGGAAGCGGUGAAGGAAAACCCGGAUGCAUUGGACUAUGCCAGCCGAAGACUGAAGGCGGACAGGGGCAUCAUGUUGGAGGCUGUGAAGAGAGAUGGCUGGGCCUUGAAAUUUGCUCCGGAGGGUGCUAGCGUUCGGGCAGACAAGGACAUCGUUCUUGCCGUUGGCAAUGACGGCUUGGCACUGGAAGCAUCUCCCGAGCUGCAGCAGGCCAGUCUGCUGGCCACGUCUGAGUCAGUCAGCGCCAAGCGCAUCAAGCAAGCAAAUCGGAGCAGAAACAUCGGCCCUAGAGUCUACAGCUGCUGUGCCGAGACGAUCUGCACGGUGGAAAAUUGUGAGCGCCUGCAAGGCCAGGGGGCUGAGGAAAAGACCCAAUACUUUGCUUGGGUUACCAUGAAGAAUGUACCAGACUCGCACGGAGAGAGCAGCUCAGUGACAUGGACCAGCGAGGUGUGGGGCUCUGGGUAUGUCCUCCCUGUGGAAAGAUUUUUGACUCCUGUGGAAACUCCACAAAAUUUCUUCAGCACUGGGUUCCCUGAUGAGUGGCUGUUGAAGUCGAAACUUUUGGCGGAAGCUAAAGCAUUGAGGAACCAGGGCCACCAGCUUUUGGCUAAAGUGACCCGACCGGUGACUGGACAAAGUGCAAGGGCAACUGUGCAGCUGGCAGAUCCUGCCAGCUGCACAGUCGCCCUGGCGUCGCCCUGGCGUCACCCUGAUCCCGUCAUGGCACGCAGCCCUCUGGAGUAUGGGGGCACGGAAUCCUCUGGGAAUCGAGUUCCCAGGUGCAACUGCUACAAUUUUGCAACCUUUGACCGAAACUUUUUCAGAAACUUUCGGAAAAUGCUGCCGGAGACUAUUGGCCUGGCAGACCCUUCCAAUUCAUCUCCUGACAAAUUUGGCCACAAGGGCGGAGGCAUGCAGCGCAAGAAAGAGGAACAGAAAUACUUGGAGGUCCGCAUUGACAAGGCGAAUGAGAUUCUUGGCAUGGACAACUUCAGGCUGCACCCUUUCUGCGUGAGCGCCUACUAUCCAGGAGAGUCGGAAGAAGUAAUCGAUGCGCGGAAGACAAAGAUGGUGCCAGCCAAAAAGAGUGCACCGGGCUCCCGCCGAGAGGAUGUGUUUUUUUUCGAGACGAUCCGCGUGCCUUAUAACCCAAGGCAACAGCUUCUUCACGUCGAGAUUUUUGAAGUACAAGUGCCACUCCAAAUGCAGUUUGAAGAUGAGUGGGUCGGAAGGGCGACUGUCCAGCUGGCAGAUCCCAAUGUGGAACUGCCAAUGGAAUACGAAUUGGCGCGCGGCCCAUUCGAGUACGGGGGCACGGUGACGGUCAGUGUGAAAUUGCCCCCUCCAGAGGUUGAAGCUCACGAAGCUCAUCCACUGCCGGAUUUGCGCACGUUUCCGAAGCCGGUGUCUCCACGCCAACAUCUCAAAUCCAAAGCGAAAGUGGACGGUGGGAUCGACAUGAGCCCUUCCGACAUACCGAGAGAAGGGGCAGGCUCAACCAGCAAAGGUGGAAGCGAUACGACCCAGCCUCGCACAAGGUCAGGGUCGUCAUUUGAAGGAAAAAAUGGAAAAACGCCUCCGAAGCCCAUCUGGAUGCCUGUCAUCAAUGGUCCCGGGGGCUCUGGCUUUGGACUGACGAACGAGAUUGAGAAGAUGGUGACCUUCCAACCAAAAGGUGUGCAAGACGUCAAAGUUGGGUCAAUGAGCCCACUGCCGAGCUUCGGCCCCGACUGGUUCACUUCGAAGCUGCCCGGAACCCUCCCACCGCGUCCCUUGCCCGCCUGCGCAUUUGGCCUCCCCCCCGCUCCCCCAGGGCUGAUAGCCCAGAUGCCCGAGCUGGCCACGGUGUCCCCCGGCGUGGCAGCCAUGGUGGCAGAGGCCCUCCGGGCUCCACCCCUCACCACCCCAGGGAUGCCGCCACCACCACAGUCCGUGCUGGCGAUGCCCGUGCGGUGCGGCAGAACGUCGAUGGUUCCUCGCUGUGGAGGCCCUUGGAUUUCGCGAGCGGCUCCAGCAGUGAACGUUGCUCCUCCAGUCUACGGCAGAAACCUUUGCCGUGUGGCCUGCUAA